AUGUACCAUCUGAACAAUACUUGGAUGAAAAAUAUUGCCAAAGCGUUAAAUAUAUUUUUGUGUUUACCACUAAGCAGGGAAAUGAUUAUCUUGUUCACUUUACAUGGAAGCAUAAAUUUCGAUAUUUCAUCAUCAGCAAAUAGUCAACGCUUAUACAAUUUGCUUUUUGUAAGUUCAUUACCUGAAUUCGAUCACAGAUCUGUUGGACAUAGUUUUUACUUGUUUGUAACACAAGCUAACCGCUAUGCUGUGCUCGCCAUAAGACGACCCAAUUUCUGGCAUGUAAAUUUUCCUCAGGUGUGUAUUUUUCCAUAUUUAGUGUUUACAGGUAGUUCAUUUUUCCAGUUUCCAUCAAACAUAAAUUUUCCUACACAAGUGGCUUAG